GGGAGGUCCCGGCCCGGAGGCAGGACCGGAGGCAGGACCGGCCCAUCCCGGCGGGCAGCGGCGCGGGAACGCAGGCGGACACCGGGGAACGGAGGCGCUCCCGGCCCGGUGCCGCUUCCCGCUGCCAGUUCCCGGUUCCCAUUCCACGUCCGAGCUCCCGCAGCGGCAGCACCGAGGAGUCGGGGAGCGCACGCACCUUCGGCACCCCCGCGGUGCCCGGUUCCCCCCGGUUCUCCCCGGUUCUCCCCGGCUCCCGGUGCCGGUCCCGCCAUGCCCUCCGCGUACCCGCGGCGAGCCCUGACGGUGCUGCUGCUCUUCGGCACCUUGUCCGCUGCCAUGGCCCUGCUCUCCUCCAGCCUCAUCUUCCAGCUGCCGUCGGGCCGCGCCAGUCCCGCCGGAGGUGCCGGUGCCGGUGGCGGCCGCGGUGCGCUCCCGGAGCCGGUGGCCGCCGCUGUGCUGCCGGUGUCGGCCGUGCUGGCCGCGCUCUGCCUGGUGCUCAACGUGAGCUGCCUCCUGCUCUGCCUCCUCCACGGCUACUUCAGCACCGAGCUGUGCCGGGGGCAGCCCGGGCCCGACCAGGCAGACUGGUUCCUCCUGGACAGCUGCAGUGUCCGGCACGCGGCCAUCGGCCUCUUCUGCUGCGGGGUCUGCCUCUACCUCACAGCUCUGGCCCUUUUCAUGCUGCUGCUGUUCGAGCCGGAGGCCGCCAUCGCCAGCGCCUGCAUCCUGGCCUCUGGAAUCCUCGUCCUGCUCAUCACCGUGCUCCACGCCCUGCUCCGCGCUUCCCAAAUUUCCCAGCGGAGCCGCUCGGAGCCUUCCCAAGCCCUGUACGAGAACGACUCAGCCCCGCACGGGGACAGCUCCGGCAGCGACCUCAACAAGAAGAACGCGGCUCCUCCCCGGCCCCGCCCUGAAAUCCACCGGGAAUUCUCCUUCCCACCUUUCCUGGAGCGCAAAUCCCAGCUGGGCUCGGCCUCCAGCAGCAACCUGAGCUCGGCGGGCAGCCCCGGUAAGGAAUUCCAGCAGGAAUUCCAGCAGGAAUGUCGCGACUUGUCGCGCACGCACCGGACGCUGUCGGUGGAGUCGGGGCUGCUCCAGGGGCAGGGAAAACCUUGGAAUGUCAUCACGCAGGAGAUGAGGAAUGUGAUGUCCCGCAAGCCCACGGGCAAGGACUCCACGCUCGUGUGAUGGAAAAUUGGGAUUUUCCCGGCAGCUUCCCGGGAUUUGCAGCUCAGGGCAGAGCUGCCCCGGAGUUGUUGCUUUUUCCACGUUUUUGGGAUUUUUUUUUUUUUUUCCUGGAUAAACUCCUUUAUCCCCAGCCAAAUUCCCUGAUCCAUCCAGGACCAUCCCAGCUGCGGGAAAGGACGUGGAAAACGUGGAUGAGAAGCAGGAAUUGGAAUUCCCACGAGCAGAACUCCUUCAUUCCUUUUCCAGCUGAUCCCAGCUGAUUUCCUUCGAUGUUGUCCCUCCCUUCUCCUUCCUCCCUGCUCCAUCCUCAGCCUGACCCUGGGAUGGGAGGGCUUUGGGGUGGCCAAGAAUGGGGUUGAGGUGGCCAAGAACAGAUUUGGGGUGGUUUAAAGUGGGUUUGGGGUGGCCAAGAGCAGUUUUGGGGUGGGAAAAAUGAGGUUUGGGGUGGCAGGGGGGUGUUUGGGGUAGCAAAGGGUGGAUUUAGGGUGGCCAAGAGCAGGUCUGGGGUAGCCAAGAAGGUGGGUUUGGGGUGGCCAAGAACAAUUUUGGG